AUGCUUUCCUUGUCUUCCGGCGACCCUAUGACAACCUGGACGCUGCUCCUCUAUCUUACCUCUUCCGCCGAGGGCUGUGUUGGCGGCGAGACCGUCUUCUUCCCCAACGACCGCCGCUCCGCCAAGGAGGAGAUCCCGGUCGCCCUCGAAACGGGCAUGCUCCUCUUACACAAGCAUGGCGACGACUGCAUGCUGAUGCACCUGAACCUGUCGUUUUUUGUGCAACAUUGA